AUGUUUUUCUCUAAGUUUAUUUUUACAGCAUUAAUCGUACAGCAUUAUGGGGUAUCGUCGUAUUUUAUUGCCACUACGAUACUUGGAUUUUUCUAUAGUUCAACGGGUCGAGGCAGCUAUAAUACGCCACUUACUCCUAUUGAAAUGUUAUAUUAUCGAGAAAUUAGAGGCUUCCUCAUGGGCCAAGAACACUUUGACCAAUCAGGAUGUUACAGGCUUUCACGAUUUCUUCUUUACCUAUUGGCUGAGAUAAUGGGCGGAGCUAUGGCUUGGCACAUAGCCAGGACCUUAUGGUUUCAUUCAUUACAGUAUUCGCAAGCACAUAUGGAAAUGUUUGUAAAUAGUCAAAAUAUGUGCUCUAUAGUGCACCAGAGGGAUUUCCUCAUUGUGCUAGCUUAUGAAAUUGCUGGUUGUUUUGCUAUGCGAUCAGUUAUAUCACGAUUACCAGCGGACACACAAAAGUAUCUUGCACCAGCAUUUACGGCCAGUUUAUUCUCUUUUGAAUUAUAAAA